UUGGUGGAGGAUGGCGGGAUGGAGCCGCCCAAGGAGGUGCCUAGGCCUUCCAACGUGCUUGAAAACCGCAAUGAGCACCUCCAUUCGCUGUUCCCGGCCCCGUUUCCACAGAAGAGUGCCCACGGCAACCCAGAUACCACACACUUGAGAGGGCCUGAGUAUCCUUGGGCCCGUCAUGGCCACGACCAUGGCAGGACGGCGUUGCCCAAGGACAAGAACAAAGAGGGCGCUGGGCACCGCCUGCUCAACAUGCUGAGAAAAACUCUGAAAGGGACUGAGAGUGAAGAACUGGAAAUAACACCUGAGAAACCAACUUUGGUGCCAUUUGGGGAUGUGGUUGGCUGCCUGGCCAUACAUAUAAAGAAUUGUAAACAAUUUAUGUCUAGGAUCAGUUCACAACAUUAUACUAAUUUGUUCAUUUGCAUCUCCAUAAACAAUGUUGUGAAAUCUACAAAACUUUGUAGCUUGAUAACCAGAAGCAAUAAGAAGCUCAACGUAAUUAGUUUUGAUGAAGUGAAGUAUUUUUCUGUACAGGUUCCCAGACAUCAAGAUGAUGAGCGAAAUAAUAUUUACCUGGAUCUAAUGCAGCAUGACGCUACAGAAAAAUAUCCUCUCUUCUUAGGGCGCUGUGAAUUACAUCUUUAUGAAGUAAUCCAGAAAGGGUGUUUUACUGAAGAAUUGCUAAUGAUGAAUAAAAACACAUUUAUCUGCAGGGUAGAAGCAGAAUUUAUGUUCUCCUAUGGAAACUUUGGUUAUGGAUUUUCACAUCAGUUAAAACCUCUUCAGAAAAUUGUUGAGCCAUCUAUGUUUAUGCAAGUCGCACCACCUCCAGAAAGAAAAGAUCCUGUGACAAAUGUUAUUUUGCCACAAGCAGUAGAAUAUCCAGCAUUCUUGUCUCCAGACCUGAAUGUUACUGUUGGGGUUCCAAACAUGGGACCCCAGCAAAGCCAGGCAUCUGUGGUGCGACUUGAGAAACUGCAGCAGCAACCCCGGGAAAGGUUGGAAAAAAUGAAAACAGAAUAUAGAAAUCUGGGUACAUGGAUAGAAAAAGUUGGCUAUUUAAACAAAAUUAUUAACCCCAAAUUGGAAAUUAAAUAUCCUAAGGAGAGCACUGUGAGUAAGCCACUCCAGGAUAAUAAUCCAUCUGAAGAGAAGUCUAAAAACGCUGCAGUAUUAGCACAUGUUCCACCUGAAAACAAAGGGGCUACUACACUCAAGUUGCCAGACAAUGAUGCAGAAGCCUUUGCCAUGCCAACUUUGAGCCAGCCUUAUCAAGAUAUUGCAAUUGAUGUUUCUUCUGCAAGUUAUGAUCCAUAUCUAUCCAUGGAUACUCCAUUUUUUACCGAUCCUAGUCUAAGAAUAGCAGAAGACAAAACACAGCCUUUACCUGAAUUCCACUCAGAAGAUGCUCCAGGUGGAAAGAUGGAAAGAUUAUCCUUUCCUCCAGAAGUAAAAUUUGGUGAUGAAACUCCAAGAAUUUUGAAAACAGACUCAUCUCCAGCAGAGGAUGGAAUUCAUAAGAGAGAUAGGAAAAAAGUAGUCUUACGGAAGAAGGAAAUUCUGCCGAGAACCGUGAAGAGUCACUGUCAGGUACCAUUCCCUACUACUCAUCAGUUAUGCUAUGUAAUGUCAAGAGAUACUAAAACACAUCAAAGUACAGAUAAAAAUGUAGACCAGGUGGUCUUUUCAUCAGACGUGUUCAAAUCAGCAUCUUUCAUCCCGUCACAUUCUGAAUCCAUACCAAACUAUCAGAAAUUCCACCUGGGCCGUUUUGAUCCUUUUCUAAGGAACAUAAAUGACAGCAUGUCAGACAGUAUAAAGAAAGACAAAGAGAUAUAUGAAGUUAAAAACAGCUUAAGUACAGAAGUGAUAGAACAUGAAGACCAAGACCCUCCUUAUCCAACAUAUUCAAAAGCUGCAGAACCUACUAUGAAACCCUGCUCUGACCCUAAUGUCACAGUGAAGACUUUCUACACUAUGGGAAAGUUAGCCUCUGAUCCUACUGUCAACCCAGUAAAGACAUCAGACACUAAGGAUAAAUUAGCUCAUGAUCCUACUGUCAACUCAAUAAAGACUUUAGACAAUAAGAAUAGGUUAGCUCAUAAUCCUGGUCUCAUCAGAAUGAAGACGUUAGACAAUAAAAAUAAGCCAAAGGAAACACUAUUAAAUGGAUCUUUACCAAAUUUCAAAAGAGAAUCAUCAUUUAUUCAAAAUAUAAAUAAGUGUCACCUCUCAAAGUCAUUAAGUCCCACUUCCCACAUAGAAAACUUAAGACAAUCAAUGGCACUCAAGUCAGUUUUAAGUAAAAAUCUACAAGACCUUUCAGACAAGUUAUUUGCUAAUCUAGAAGUUCCCGUAAACUCUGAAGCAACAAAGAAAAGUGAUUCCCCACAUCUAAGCAUCCCCAAUGAACCAGCAAAGAGUGUGGGAGACAGAGUAUUUGAAAAAAUCCAAGAUUCACAUAGCUGGCUUUCAGAAAAAGAUGUUUCAAAAUCAAAGUCUCUUUUAAGUCAAGUAAUUAAAAAUGUUCCCACAGAUUUUCUUUCAGGAAGUGGAGCAGGAAAAUCUUCAGAGGUAGCAGAAUCCAUGUCUGAAAAAUUCUCAGAGGCUGAUGAAACAGAUUCUCCAAUGAAUAAAAAGUGUCGUUUCAAAAAGAAACAUUUAAUAAACAAAACAUCAAGCUGCAAAUCAACUUUGGUUGGCUCUGUGCCUGACUGUGUGAUAAAGCAAAUAUUCAUGGCACCCCUCUCACAUCUGAAGCUAGGAGUGUCAGAGUCGAGUGAGCCACAGAUGCACCUGCAGGAUGAACUAUCCACUCCAUGGGGCAAAAGCUUAUCUUCCCGUGUUCUGUUUCACUUUGGAGAAGAAAAUGAUGAAACAGAAUUGCCACAGUCCAAAUCGGUGGUAAGCCAGAUAAUUCAGGCAUUUCCUGUAGAGACUCUUUUAGAAUAUGGGCUAAUCAAAGUGAUAGAAUUAGAGAAAGAGUGCCAGAAUGGGUCCUUGCUGGGAACAGAGACAGGGCUUCCAGAAGAGCCGAAGCAUCCCACAGAGGAUUAUCCAGAAGUCAAAAGCAAACCAGAACUUCUCACAAGGCAGAACACUCCCACCCAUCCCCAUGAUGCUGCUGUUUUUUUCGGUGGAGUUGAAUUUAUAGAGGAAGGUCAAAAGAAGUCCCCACCACAUUCAGCACAUGAUUGGAUACCAGAGAAGAAGCCAGUUUCCCCAAGUAAUGGCCACAGGCUUGACAUAAAAGAACAUGAUCUAAAUUCUGUUUUAGAAACCUUCAGUAACUCUUUUCUAAUGGGUAAGCUUGAUGAGUCUGAUGUAGGGAUGUUAAAAUCCUUUCUGAGAAGCAUCUUGAAAGCCUUUUUCACACAUAAUCAGUCUCAAAGGAGAAGACAGCCAGAGAAAGAAUUGGAACAAUUAAUUCAACGUGAUAUUCCCAACCAUACAGACCGUCUUGAAGAAAUCCAAGGGAGUUUGAAUAAUGUGGACACAUUGCACAGAAAACCCAUUUUGAGUCCAAAGCUGCGUGUGUUUCUGGAAGAACUCUCAGAGUCAGAAGUGAAAAAUUUAAAGUCGGAAUUAAGUAAACAUAUCCAGCAUUACCUUGUAGAAAGGCUGUCAGAAGCAGGACAUAUUGCCAAGGAGGACUUACCAACAAUCUAUCAAAACUUGCAUUUGAUGAAUGAGAAAGCUGACCUAAAUGGGCAUAACAUUUUCCAGGAAAAAUACUCUGAAGCUGUAAGGGAAAUCAUGUCUUUUGUAAAUAACUUUAAUCAUCACUUCAUAGAUAAACAUCUAGAAAUAAAGCUAAGAUCCUUUUUAAAUGAAAUUCUCCAAAACUACUUCCUAAGAAACCUUUCAGAGAGCAGUUUAUUUAAUGAGGCAGAGCCUGAGACCAUACACAGUAACGUAUCUUCUCUGAGAACUAGAAAUACUUCUAUAUCCUAUCAUGAGUUAAGAGAAGAACUUGCAAGUGGGAGUUUUGGUAGAAGGCCUGAAAUAAAAAUGAAAUAUCCCUUAAAUAAAUCUCUUCAAAACUACCUUUUGGCUUUAUCAGAAAAUGAAUUAGUAAGUCUAAAAGCUGAAUUAAGCAAGCACCUCCAGAGUCUUUUUAUAGAGAAACUUUCAAAAGCAGGAUUAAUGACAGAAAGGCAGUUAGAGCACAUCAGCCAUCAUUUACAUUUGCUUAAUUCAAGCUGCACGCCACUGAAAUGCAUAAAGUCCAACUUACCAAUUAGGGAUGAGCAUCACUUGAUGGAGGAACAUUCAGAAAAGGAGAGCAAAUAUUCAAAAACUGUUCCAAAGUCCACACUACAGAAGGCUCCUAAGGAUCAAUGUGUAGAAACAGAGUUGGUCAAAAGAGAAGAAGGUGGCUAUUUUUGCUUACAGAGUUUACAGAAAAAUCCGACAAUCAUGGAACAAAAUAGUUGCUACCCUAGAGCGGAAGGUAAAACACCAGAUUUAAUAAAAAUACAGCCUUCUUCCAACAAAAAUACCCAGGCAAUCCCAUUAAAUAAGUCAUCAGAAAGACUUACAGAUAUGUUGUUUAAGAAACCCAGAGAAGAAUGUGGUUUUGAACAGUUUCCUAGAGCUGACAAUUCUUUUUGUAAAACAGAGAGUCAAGACUCGAAUGGUUGGACUGGAAAAUGCAAAAUGACUCAACCAAAAGCUUGCUUGGACAGGAAAAUGAAAGUGCUUGGGAAAAAGGAGCAUGUUAACAUUUAUAAACUGACUGUUCAGGAACGACCUGAAGCAGUAUUGUCACCACACCCAAGUAUCCCUAACUGCAAAAUACCAAGAGAAGAUGACAGACAGUCACACAGAUUCCCCUUCCCUUUGUGGCAGACCAAUACACUUGGCUAUUGCAAUUCAGAAGCUGGGGAGAAACCCUACCAAGAAGAACAGUACUGCCAGAGAUUAAAAGGAAAUAACAACAACAAUAAAAAACAUUUAGUAACAUUUGCACAAUAUAAUAAAGACAUACAGAGUCUUUAUUUGAACUCAGGUUUUCUCUUCAGUGAAAAAUAUGCCAGGAUCCCUCAAUCACAGCUGUUUAUGAUAAUAGAAGAUAAGAAAAACUCAAACUCAUCCUUCUUCCCUGAAGUACUAAAGAGAGAAAAUCUAAAACCCAAGGUCCCAAAAGAAACAGACCAUCCCAAGACAAAAAAGCCAUUUAAUAGGAUAGGUAGGUUAGUGCCCACCACACUGCCCACCACAAGAAUUCAUCUAAAGAAAUCCGUUCCAAGAACAGUACUUCAUUGGACUGCAAGAAGAACUAUACAUGAUUGUUCGGAUAAAUUUGAGGAUUUACCUGUGACCUCUUUUAAGCAUCUGACCAAAGCAAAAUCAAGAGCAAGGCUUUCAGGAAACAGCCCAGAUGACAGUCAUAAUCAGAUAAAACACUCUGCAAGGCCAUAUACUGCGCCAGAGCAAAGCAAACGACAAGAAAACUACCCUGCAAGAUUCACAAGCCCUCGAAUGGUCUCAACAGGCCUAGUUCGUAUAAAUGAUACAACCCUAGAUUAUGAAAUACGUAAACUGCAGCCCCCUAAAAAAUUAAAAGAGGAUAUUGAAAAAUGUUCGCUCAUUUGUGAUAUUAUCCAAGUGCUAAACAAUUCAAAAUGAAAUGUGAGACCUACAGUCAGAACAUCAUUUCUCCAUCAGCAAUGUGGUUUGGAGUUCUGUCCUCACGUGUGAUAGAAGGCAGCAUCCCAGUUUCAUCUUGCUAGAACCAUUUUGUUUUGAUUAAAAUGAGAAAUGAGCA